AGCCUCUCGGGCAUCGUCAGCCAAAUCUACAAUGUAGUGCAAGACCUCAGCAACCACCUCGACGCCACGGCCCCGCCGCAACAACACUCCCCGUCCAAACCUGCCACAUCAAAGAUGUCCAUGCCCGAGUUCCCGACUCUGGACGAUAUCGGCGCGUGUCUCGAGGCCGUGUACACCACGCUGCACACCCGGGUCGAGGUAUUAUCGCGGCACCCGCCCUCGCACGGCACCCCCGGUGCCGCCGCCGUUGACGCCACCCGACCGCCGCUAGCGCAGACCCCAGGCCUGACAAACGGCGGGGGGAGCAGCAGCACAGUGACGUUGAAGCUCACGCACGAGACACUAAAAAAAGACGCGACGCAGCUGUCAGCGGCGCUCCUGCGCUCACAGAAACGUGCCGAGACCCUUGAGAAGAAGAUGCUGGCGUUCGAGAACGAGAACGAGCAGAACGCGCUGGACCGCGAGCGCCUGGUGGCAAAUAUCGAAAUGCUCGAGGAGACCGUCGAGGAGCUGCGAAGGGAGCGCGAUGAGGCCCGGGUGGAGCUGCAUGCUAGCGGCGGGCAGUGGUGUCGUAUUGUCGGCAAUGCCGCGAGGAUUGAGAAGGGGCUGUGGUUGGAGCUGAAGAAACGCAGGGGGAGUGAGGGGGAUAGGGGUGAGGGUGAGGGUGAGGGUGAGGGUGAGGGGGUGGGAGAUGGAGAUAAGCCCCAGGCUAGGUGCGAGCAUUGCGCCGGCAGUGUGGAUAGACUGCUGGAUGCGAAUCGCACGCUGAAGAGGCGGGUGGACGCGCUCGAAUGCUCGGUUGAGCGGAUGAGGUGCGGGGGUAAGGAGAUGGCGGAGUUGUUGCAACGACUGGGGGCGCUGGGU